AUGGCAUACAUCGAGAAAGCAAAGCUCGCAUUGGUUAUUUACCAAAUUCUCAAACUUUCCUCAUCCAAUGACGAUGUCGCGAGCGGCCAGAAGAGCCGGAACGCAAGAAUUUGGCAGCUUGAGUCAGAGCUCAAAGACUGGCGUCUUCAGCUCCCCAUGGAACUGACAUCAUAUGAUGCGGCUUUGAAUUUGUUCGAAGGUGCAGAUAGGUCCUUGCAGAUGACCAUGUCGACAUUACUUCUGACACAGCUCAUGGCUGUGGUAAUGCUACACAGGAGUGAGGCGUCAGCUACCAACUGGCCAAAGUCCUCACAGAUCGGGGGCGAUUGGUUCGACGAUAUCGAGGCCCUGGAUGCCCAGGGACAUACCAGGUCGAUCAGGCAAGCUGCCCACGAGAUCACCACCAUUCACGAGACUUUGCACGAGCAACAGCUGACUGGUUCACUCCCGCCGACUUGCGUGGCUACGAUUUGUACCGCUGUGUUUGUCCAUCUCCUAGACGCCAGGUCAACCGAAGGGCCUAUACGUGAAGCAGCCUUGAAGCACUUGGACACUUGUCUGACCAUUCUACCUGAACUUGGACAAGUCAACGAGGCUGCCAACGACAUAGCGAGGCUUAUUGUGCCUGCUGUUCAAGCAGUCAGAGCCUCGUCUGCGCCGGCGACUAGUAAAGAGAAUGCUACGUCGCCAACCCGUCCCACAGGCCUCAACCGCCCACAAUACACGAAUGGUGCUUCGCUUGACACACCCAGCUUUAUGGAUGGAGUUAUGCCUGAUCAAGCGCCGAUCAUCAACGGUACCCUGAGCCCGUGGGACCUGUUUGGGUCGGCACUUGAAUUUGGCGGCCAGGACCCAUUCUUUGGGAUUGAGGGCAUUUUCGACCCUGAAUAA